AUGGCGCUAUCCUCAAAAAUUUCCUCCUUGGUCCUACUUCCUUCUAUCGAGCCUAUCGAUACUGUUACCAUCCCCGACGAUGUUACAGUUCUUGACUUGUCCGAAUUAGAUGACCUUCUGACGCGAGAGGUGACCGACGAAAGGAUUGAAGCACUCACAGGACUGUGGAGAACUGCAAGAAAAAUUUUAUGGGCAUCGAGAGGUGCCCGGGCUGAACAGCCAUAUUCAUACAUGAUGUUCGGUAUCGGGAGAGUCGUCAAAUUUGAACAGCCGAAUAUCAAUCUCCAGCUACUGUAUCUUGACAUCCUGGACAAGGAGACCAGCUCUAUCACCUCAGCUUUGGUUUCAAAACAUCGGCUGAUUGAUGGCUUUUCUCGCCAGGGAGCUGUUGAUGAUUUGCUCUGGUCUCCUGAAUCAGAAGUCUUCAUUGAAAACAGGCAGAUACUAAUCUCACGUCUGUACCUGAGUUCGAGGCAGAAUCUUCGGGCCAAUUUCUCUACUCGUGCAAUGUUUAAGCAGGUCGAUCCGGCAAGGGCAGAUGUGAAGCUUGUGGGCUCUGGCGACUCUUUCCAACUUGAAGAUGUCUGGCCGCUAAGGGUACCCCAAUCGAGGUCAACCGGCGGUGCUCCGGUUAUGAUCCGUACUCGCCAGUCCCUCCUGCAGUUUGUCAAACUUGUCUCGAUAGGUUCACUCAUGCUUUAUAUGGGAACAAAAGAGGAUGAUCCCAAUUCGGGUGGAAUUGCCUUGAAUCAGGUUUCGGAAUCACCCACGCCAGUCAAGCUAUUGUGCCUCGUUGACAUCCCGUUGUCUCUCGAGAUGCUACGAAUGGCUCUCCUUUCUGUUGCAGCCUAG